GUCACGCUGUCGAGGAGCAGACGCGCACGUUGGGAGUGAGGGAGGGGAGACGAGGGGAGAGCGGCAACUGGUGGUGUCUCGGGGCCUGGAGCACAAGGCGCGGCGGGGGGGCCAGGGCGCAGCCAGCCAGCGGGGGGGGGAAGUGAACCAGCAUUUCUUCGCGUACGAACACAAGAUGGAGACCGAGAUGAAGGAGCUUUCGAGGGGCGACAGCAAGGGCGCCGAGGAGGACACCCUGGUGAUCGACCGGAGCCCAGGGAGUGAGUCCCACGCCAGCGCAGGGAGCAGAGCGGCUGAAGGAGACGACGACGGCGGAGGCAGCAGGGACGAGGACGUGGAAUCCGGCAGGAGCGCCAAGGAGCAGCCGGUGGUGAAGAGGGACACGGUGGUGGUGCGCCUCGGGGAAGGGAAGCUCACGGGGCCGAUGCGCUACAUCACCUGCUACGCCACCGUGUUCACCUUCGUGGUGAUGACGGGCGGCAUCGUGUGGCUGCUGAUGAUCUCGCCGCCGUACAACCCCGUGGAGCUGCCCGGACGAGGCUCCUCCGCGACCACCACCACUUCGCCCCUCACCUCCGACACGCCCUUCAGCACCUUCAUGGUCGAGCUGGACGUCGACGAAGCGGGCUGAGGCCACUGGGGAGCGCACCGCUAGAUCGGGACUCAUCUGGGGAAAUCCGGGAAGCAGGGCAGGUCUGAGGAGCUCGCCAGCGCCCUCUGUAUGGCACCGGGAAAGGCCGAAACUUCCAUCGUUUCUGUAGAAGCGUCAACAACACUUCCACGCCUUCUCGAAUUCUAGAAGUUGUCAAAGUUUUUAUUUUUAUUUUACAAAAACGUACUUUCUUUUGGAAUAAAAAAAAAAAAAAAGCAUUCGACUUGAGUAGCAGAUACACAUACAAUUCGGCCGACUGAAUCAUGUCCAAGUAAAAGUAAUUUGAGAAAGAAAAAGGCAAACAUUUUUCAACGUUACCAUGCCUUUCUCCUGAAGAAGGGGAACAUACUGCAGCUACUAAGUAAAGGUUCGAAUGCCGCCAGCUUUUUGGCAAACACAUUGCGUACAAGUGCUGAGGGAACGGUUAGUGGUAGAUUAGACUUUCUUUUUUAUAAUAAUAUGUAUUUUGUGUAUAAUGAUAAUCAAUGGUUAUCUCUAAAUGUGAUAUUGUCAAUCAUUCAACUUUUUAUACUAUAGAUUGAAAGACGGAAAAUUACCAGAAAUAGUUAGGAUAUAUGGAUUAUAGUAGACAAUUGAA